CACGUCACCCCCGUCCUGAUGAUUCCAUCCAACCAUUUGACCAACAGGACCGUAAUUCAAGCUGGCAGGGUCUUGCGUAAUGCCACGAAGCUUACUUUAACACGAUCCCGAUCCAGAAAUUCCACAAUGUCCUUCGGUUGGAACACCAUCGAAUCCGAUGCGGGUGUGUUUACGUUCCUCCUCCAGGAGCUAGGAGCAAAGGACGUUCAGUUCGAAGAGCUGUUUGCUCUGGAUGCGAAUGCAAUCCGGGAAUUAAGUCCUGUUCAUGGCGUCAUCUUCCUGUUCAAAUAUAUCGGUCCGUCGUCCGACCAGGAGGCGGGAUCUGGGGCUGCUACAUCUGGCAAGCUCGAUUCGGAGGCUGCGGAGCGCAUAUUCUUCGCCCGACAGGUCAUCCAAAAUGCAUGCGGAACUCAAGCGCUGCUCAGCGUGCUACUAAACAAGGACGAUGAAAUCGAGAUUGGCGACAAGAUGCGAGAGUUCAAAGACUUUACCAGCGCAUUUCCAGUCGAUCUACGAGGCGAGGCCCUCUCGAACUCGGAACUGAUCCGAACCGCUCACAAUACCUUUGCACGUUCCUCUCCGUUUAUCGACGAAACCCAACGCCCUGCCGACGCAUCGGACGACGUUUACCACUUCAUCGCAUACAGCUCAAUUGCAGGAAGGCUAUAUGAACUCGACGGCUUAGAACCGGCCCCACGAGACCACGGAUUGUGUACGACGAACGAAUUCCCGGACAAGGUGAUACCCAUCCUCCAAGAGCGAAUCAGUCGGUAUCCCGAGGGUGAAGUUCGAUUCAAUUUGAUGGCCAUGUGCCGGGAUCUGCGCGUGAGAGCCCGGGAGAUCGGAGACCAAGAAUCGUUGGAACGGGAAGAAAAGAAGCGGAGGGACUGGGUGUGGGAAAAUGCCCUGAGGAAGCACAACUUCGUGGGGUUCGUGGGCGAACUCACGAACGGCGUGGUACGAAGCAAAGUCGAAACCGGGGAUUAUCAAGCAUGGGUUGAUGCUGCCAAAGAGAAAACUAGGAAAAGAGUGGAGGAGCGAAGGCAGCAGGGCGUGGAGGAUGAGGGUGACGUAUGAUCAUGAGCCGUCAUCGACCGUAGUUGCUGGGCCUCUGAAGUUGAGGCACAGAAACGACACCAAGAACGCCUUCUCAUCGCACUACAUUUGCCUCGGGGCCCUGUCCCACGCCAAGACAGCGUGCGACUGGAAUCUGCUAGUAGCAGAAAGGAGGAGGAACUUCUGCCUGAAUUGGAGAUGCGAAACCAAACAUGUGUUCUAUUAGGUGGGUAUCGAGUCACCAACAAUAUGUUGUAGCACGCAAACCAGUAAAGAUUCCGAUGAAGAGCAAUCGUGAACAGACGAUAUUAAUUUGACAUAGGACGUAUCGCCCAUAUAGUCAAUUACAAAUAUUAUCGCUAAAAAUAAGGGUA